UGACCGCUGUAAUUCAUUCCUUUUGUGUCGGCCGACAGAUAUUCUCUACACUAGAGGCGAGUCACAUCAUGGCGUUGUUGACGGCAUUGGUUGCUUUUGUGUACCAUUUACCCCAAGUUUACAAAUGGCUGCUCAAACCUUACUAUCUGGCGUCGACUUUCAUGGCGCUGGUGUUCUUGCUAGUGCGAAAAUGCCCCGGUAUCUGCGAGAACCUGCCGUCGCAACGGGAGGACGGGAACUCGUGCGACUUCGACUGGAGAGAAGUGGAGAUUCUGAUGUUUCUCAGCGCCAUCGUCAUGAUGAAAAACCGGCGCGCCAUCACACUGGAGCAGCAUCUUGGGAAUAUCUUCCUGUUCAGUAAAGUGGCCAGCGUGAUUCUGUUCUUCAGACUGGACGUCCGAAUGGGGCUCCUGUACCUGACUCUGUGCAUCGUGUUUUUAAUGACCUGCAAACCUCCGUUAUACAUGGGACCAGAGUAUGUGAAAUAUUUCAACGAUAAAACAAUAGAUGAGGAGAUCAUGAAGGACCAGCGCGUCUCCUGGCUCGUCGAAUUCUUCGCUAACUGGUCCCCCGAGUGUCAGUCCUUUGCGUCUGUCUACGCAGAUCUGUCCCUCAAGUAUAAUUGCGAGGGAUUGAAGUUUGGGAAAGUUGAUGUUGGCAGAUACGGGGAAGUCUGUAAGAAGUACAAAGUCAGCACUUCCCCCAUGACCAAACAGCUGCCCUCCCUCAUCCUGUUCCAGGGAGGCAGGGAGGUGCAGAGGAGACCCCAAAUCGAUAAGAAGGGGCGUGCUGUGUCCUGGAAAUUCUCAGAGGAAAAUAUCAUCCGCGAGUUCAAUUUGAACGAACUUUAUCAAAAACACAAAAAGCUUUCGAAGAACAAGGACCAGGGACCCGAGACGCAGUUCGAGAAAACACCAGAAGAGGGAGCAGCUGAGCAAGAGAACCCCGAAGAGGAGGAGGAGGAGUCGGAGACUGAGACCAAGAAAGACAAAUAGAAACCCCGCCCCCACCACCACACAAUGGGGCUGGGCGGGGCUAUGCAAAUAGACAGUGAAACAGGG